AAAGAAUACUGAAAGCAGGAACAAGAAGGGACAUGGUAGGAAGAACCAAAAGAAGAAAAGGCAGAGUUCUCUCUCAGCAACAUGGGGGAUGACAUCAGUUUGAAUUUUCGUCAGAAGCUUCUACUCAUUGAUGAUAACUUGGGGACCGAAGAUGUAGCAGCUUUAAAAUUUCUCUGUCUUGACCUGAUUCCCUUCAAAAAAUUGGAAAGUGCACAGUCAGCACUGGACAUUUUUCAGCUUCUUAUGGCUGAAGAGUAUUUGAAUGAGGAAGAUACUUUUCUAUUAGCUGAACUUUUAUACCGAAUUAAAUGUCACUUUUUGCUCCAAAAACUUAACUAUACCAAGGAGAGAGUGCAAGAAUAUCUACCAGAGAAGGGGAGAGUAUCUCCUUACAGGCAGAUGCUGUAUGAAUUGGCAGAAAACAUUACCAGCGACAUGUUGAAGGAAAUCAUUUUCCUCCUGAGGGACCACCUGCCGAAACGACAGCCAAUUUUUUCUGCUUUGAAGUUGCUCAUUUUAUUGGAAAAACAGGGCCUUUUAACUGAAAGCAAUGUAAAAAUGCUGGAGGAAAUCUGUACGAGUGUUUCACCUGAUCUCCUAGAAACAGUAAACAGCUAUAAAAGGGAAAAAGUAUCUCUACCUCGGCAAGAGAACACUCUGCCAAUCAAGGAAUCUGCACAGCCUGGAGGUACCAAAGUGUUCAGUUCCCCCCAGGAGACAUCUAUCAAAUCUGUGAGUUCUAAAAUAAAUGGUCAUUAUGGUGAAGAGUCUAGGAGCCUAUGGGAGCAUGUUGGGAAUGUGCACUCCUUACCUACCAGACAAGAUGACAAAGCAGGUAAUGUUGUACAAGGCAUCUCUGAAGUAAACCUGAACCUGGAGCUCCCCGCAGAGUUCAUCAGUGCAAAAAAUGAAUCCAAGAAGUUGACAAGCUACAAAAUGGAUGGACCAAAGAGAGGAUUUUGUCUUGUUAUUAAUAAUGUUAAAUUUGAUGGCUAUCUUGGGGAGAGGAAGGGUUCUUGCAAAGAUGCUGGGGAGCUGAAGCAAGUAUUCACAUGGCUUGGUCUAGAGGUGGAGAUUUACAAAGACCAAACAGCUAAGGAAAUUAAAGAUCUCAUGGAGAUCUGGCAGGAUUCAGAAAAACACAUAAACAGGGACUGUUUUAUCUGUUGUAUUCUAUCUCAUGGAGAGUCGGGAGCAAUCUAUGGGAAAGAUGGGGAGCUUAUAUCAAUCCGCACGAUCAUGUCCUACUUCACUGCCAAACAAUGUCCAGCGCUUGCUGAGAAACCCAAACUCUUCUUUAUUCAGGCAUGCCAAGGCCAAAAGAUACAGUGUCCUGUCUAUGUUGAACCUGAUGCGCAAGUUCCUAAAUUGCCUUCUGUGCAACAGAAAAUUUCUCCUUUUGAAAGUAUUCCAGAAGAAGCUGAUUUCCUCCUGGGCAUGGCCACAAUUGAUGGUUAUGCCUCGUUCAGGCAUGUUGAGCAGGGCACUUGGUAUAUUCAGGCUCUGUGCAGCAAGCUACAGCUGUUGGUACCCAGGGGUGAAGAUAUUUUGUCUAUUCUUACAGAAGUUAAUGAAGAUGUAAGCAGGCGUGCUGACAGCUUGGGGAAAAAGAAGCAGAUGCCCCAACCAGCUUACACUUUAAGAAAAAAAUUUAUAUUCCCAGUGCCUAGAGACCCUCCUCCCUCACAGCAACACUGAAGCUUCCUGAAUACUGUCAUGAGCACAUUUCAUCUAAAUGCAGUUCUCCACACUAACUGGUUAAGUCCAUUACCCAGACUCCUGAGGCUGUUGUGCUUUGAGGCAAAAACUUCCCAUUUUUUGACGAAGAAAAUAUGAACUCUAAGGAGACGUAGUUAACACAAUCUGUGUGCCAACUGUUCAAAUUCUAUUUUUCAAGUAAUUAGGAUUGGGAUAGCUACUUGCAGAAGUAUGCUUCUUUCAUGUUAAAUGUUCUUUGUACUUUUGAAGGCUAUAGGUAUGUAAAGUAUUUUUGUGUCAGCCUAAGGAUUGCAUGUAGCCUUAUAUAUCUAAACCAGAAUGUUAAUAUUCAGGAUU